CUACAUGAAAUAAGAUUUGGAAAAUAUAACAUUUUAAUGGAACAACUUAUGAAUAAUAAAAAAGGUAUGGAAGAAAAGUUUUCAUUAUCCAAUAAUAAAGUUUUUUUUACCAAUGAAUCUUAUAAUGGAAUAUUUGAAUGUAUCUAUUCCACUUUUGGCGAUGAAACAUAUACAGUUAUGAUGAAAUUCAUAACACCAACUAUGACAGAACAAAAAGCAGCUGAAACUUUUACUACAUUGAAUUUAAUUAUUUUAAUUAUUUCAAUUAUAGUAAUUAUUAUUAUAGUUGUCGUUUUAGUUGUUUUAAUUUUAAAAUAUAAAAAGAAAAAAAGAUUGAUAAGAGAAAAAGAGAAAUUGGAAAAAGAAAGAAGAAGAGAAGAAUAUAGGAAAACUUGUAAAAUAAAAGUUACAGUAGAUAAUUGUGAGUUAGAUCUUGAUACUUGUUUAAGAGAGAAAUACCUAAAAGCUAAAGCUGCAAUGGCAAAAAAAUAA